UUAGUCAGUCAGUCGUGCCAGCGAUCCCGACGCGAACGGUAAAAACGAGAGUCGACGCGGCCGUUCGCGGACCAAUUCAGCCCGACAGCCCGAGAACGAUAACCGGUCGCCGCGAGCGCGCGCGCGCGCGUUCCUCGCGAAACUCUGAGAGAUCCGUUGCGCGAGAAUCGAUCGAGAACGGGAACGGGCGUCGAUCGGGUCGCGCGAGAGCUCGUUCGCCGCGAGCCACCGUGGCGAAUACAUACGUGUAUACCGGGGAGGUGUGAAAAACUGUGCGCGAAAGUAGAGAGAAAGAGAGAGAGGGAGAGAGACGGCGACGUCAGAGGACGCGAGGGAGCCGACCGAUCCGGGCUGCGCGGAAUCCGAUCGUGACUCGCGAUUCGGUGAACUCUCGGAGCUCGAAUCGACUCGGCUAAGAUCGCCGAAAGGAGACCGUUGGGAGACCGUUGGGAGACUGUUUCGGGUGAAAGGAGACCGUUGACAGGAUCCCGGAUCGAUCCUCCCGGCGAGAGAGAGAGAGAGAGAAAAGCCGAAACGCGGAGAUCCGCGCGAUCGACGGAUCGCCGCCGCAGUCGCGAUCGAUCGAACGGACGUAACGGGCGCCAAAGGACGAUCUAGCCGGGAUGUCGCGCCGGUCCGCGUCGCGUCGGUGAAAGUAAAUCGCGUCGCCCUCGACGGACCACGUCGCCGGACCCCGUCGGACCCCGCCGUCCGUCUCCUGUGCCCGGCAUCGAGAAUCCCCCGCGUCGAUCGAUCGCAUCGCCUCGCAUCGCAUCGCAUCGCGUAGAUCGCGAGAUCCGGCCAUGACCAGCGGUCCCGACGUCGCCGCGUGAACAACAACAACCACCGCUCGCUUUCCAGCCGCUCGUUUCCGCGACGAGUUCGCGACACGUUGGCGAUUCACCAACGUUGGGGACUCGCCGCGACUGUUACGGCGACAGUCUGGCCAACGGUGCAGCCGCAGAGAAUCGGACUCGAGCGAGAUAUCCGGCCAGUCGACAACGAUGACCGUGGUUAUGGAGGAGACGAACACGUUCGUUACGUGGCCGGCCCGACUCAAGAUCGGAGCGAAGUCGAAGAAAGAUCCGCAUAUAAAGGUCGCGGGUCGACUCGAUGACGUCCGAGCUGCGAAGGAGAAGAUAAUGGAAAUUUUGGACACGAGGCAGAGCAACAGGGUCACCAUGAAGCUGGACGUCAGCUACACCGAUCAUUCGCACAUCAUCGGGAAGGGCGGCCUGACGAUCAAACGCGUGAUGGAGGAGACCGGCUGCCACAUUCACUUUCCCGACAGCAACCGCAGCAACCAUCAGGAGAAGAGCAACCAGGUGUCCAUCGCCGGGGAGAUGGAGGGUGUCGAACGAGCCCGCGCCCGAGUCAGACAGAAGUUGACGCCGCUGAUAUUCUCGUUCGAGCUGCCGAUCAUGGGCUCGUCGCAGACCGUGCCCGAUUCCACGUCGCCGUACGUGGUCAAGAUCCAGGAGAAGUACAACGUCCAGGUGAUGUUCCGAACGCGGCCGAAGCUGCACGCGACGCUGGUCGUGGUGAAGGGCUGCGAGUGGGAGGUCUCGCAGGUCAAGGAGGCCACGAUGUUGUUGAUCCAGUAUAUGUGUCAAAACCUGGCUAGUCAAAUACAAGUACAAAUGUCGAUGGAGAUCUCGCCGCAGCACCACAGUAUCGUGUUGGGCAAGCAGAGCAGCAACCUGAAGAUGAUCAUGCAACGGACGGCCACGCAGAUCAUGUUCCCGGACGCGGGCGACCCGAACAUUCCCAGCCUGAAGAAGAGCAACGUGACCAUCACAGGCAGCAUCCACAGCGUUUACCUGGCCCGGCAACAAUUGGUGGGCUCGCUGCCGCUGGUGCUGAUGUUCGACCUCCCCGAGGACUCGAUGUCGUCCGUCGACACGGAGAACGUCUCCCAACUGAUGCAAUCGCUGGACGUGUUCAUAAACGUGAGACACAAGCCGAAGCAGAGCACGCUGUCCGUGAUCAUAAAGGGGAUCGAGCGCAACGCCGGCAACAUCUACGAGGCGAGGAUGCAGCUGCUGGGUCUGGACGAGCCCAGGGUGCACGCCGAGAUCCCGGCGACCUAUCACAUCCCGAACGCCGGCACCGUCUUCCAUGGGAACUCCGCGAACGGCAAUGCAGCUGGCGGCAACAACAACAACAAUAACAACAGCAACAACAACAUGAUCGGCAGCCUGUCGGAGAACCUGUCCAACAUUCUGACGGUGAACACGCAGAAUCCGCCGUACUGCGUGUCCCCGGUGAACCAUUCGCCGAACCCGAUGGGGCUGUCGCCCCACUGGGGCCUGCCCUCGUUGUCCUCCAUGUUCUCGCCGCUUCAGCUGCACCACACCUACCCGUAUCCGCACCUCAAUCAUCUGCUGACGACGCAGCACGUGAUGCACAACAAUCCCGCGAUGCCGCCGCACACCCACGGAUUACAGAACCACGCGUACCCCGGCAUCGGGCCGCUGCACGCGAACAUGUCCGCGGCCGGACUACACGGCAUCCACGGGCUGAACGGCAGCCCGUUGGCGGAGCGGAAAGAGGGCAGCGCUUACUCGUCGCUGAGCAGCGUAUCCAGUUCUCUGUCCAGCCCGGCUAUCAGCCCGCGGAACGUUUCCCCGGUGAAUCCUGCCGAAACCAGUCCUAAUCUAGAUUUGGCCGGCAUGCUGUCCGAGUUGUCCGAUCGACGAGCACCCGGCUGCGAGAAGAAGUCGUUGGAGAUGGUCGUGCAGCAGAAUCUGGCGCCGUUCGACUACGAGCAGAAGAAAUUAUUGGCGUCGAAGGCGAUGCAGACGAAACCGACUUCGAACGAAUACCGUGUUCCUACCUCGGCCUGGUCCGGCUACGGACUCAGUCAAUCCAUUCCUCCGAUUAGUACCACGGACCUGAGCAAGGAAUUGACCAACACCGGCAGCAGUAGCAACGGUAGUAGCAGCUUGACAUCCACGACCACUACCACCAACGCUGCAACUAGCCAUCCGUCCGACUUAUGGAAAGACCCAACGACGCCGGUGUUCAGCAGAGAGAUUGACUUCGGAAUAGUAUCCGGCAAAGAUCGCGUUGGACAGAUCGGCAUCAGCUCGUCGAAUUUCGUAGAUAGCACGGCGGCCUCGCAUCUCAACUUAAUCACGUCCCACAAAUACAACGACUUGACCAGCAUGCUGACCAACAUCGGACUAGAAAAAUAUAUACGCCUGUUCACGUCGCACGAAGUGGACAUGGCCACGUUUCCCUCGCUGACGGAUAAGGAUUUGUGCGAGAUUGGCAUAACAGCUUGGGGCGCGAGACGCAAAAUAAUGCUGUUGAUCGCUGAAAUGAACAAACGGACUAGUCCAUUCUGCGGGAGCGCGGCCCCGGGAGCGGAGCGAAAAGCGACCGUCUCGACGACCUCGACUACGAUGGAUAAGUGCAAUCUGGUGGAUAGCAAAUGGUAGGACGGGAACAAGAUGAACGCCUUUCUGGGUCGAGAUCCUCGCGAUAAUAUUCCGCGAACCAAAAUCAUAUCGGACUGUGGUACUUAAGGAAAAAGAAUCACGCUCGUACCGCGAUCGGUGAGAAGCGCGGUCGUCUCUCCAACCCCCCCCCCCCCCCCCCCCCCCCCCCCCCCCC